ACAUGCAAACCAAGAUGCUCGACUUUGACCAGUUCCUGCCCAUUCACCAGCACAUCUGCAAAGCGAAGGACCGCGGCACAUUUGAGGACUUCGUGGAGGGUCUGAGGGUCUUUGACAAGGAAGGGAACGGCACCGUCAUGGGAGCAGAGCUCCGGCACGUCCUGGCAACACUGGGUGAAAAGAUGAGGGAGGAUGAAGUGGAGCAACUGAUGCAGAACCAAGAGGAUGCGAACGGCUGCAUCAAUUACGAAGCUUUUGUAAAGUACAUUAUGGCAUCCUAAGAAAAAAGCUGAUUGACAUUCAGGUGCUUCAUGACAGGACAUAUUAAAGCCAACAAGGGUCACCUCAUUCUGUAAAAAAACAUUUUUCAUUUUCUUCAUUUUCGAUCUAACUCAUAAAAAUGUCACUUUGUUUUCUGUACAUCCAUGUGCUGAUCCUGCAAAAAUAAACACAUUUGUUGAGAUAAUA